GUAAAGAGAAAAUUAAAAGAAUAUGCUUUGCUCUGCCCUGUAAAUAUCCUCUCUGAAAUUUUAAUAAAAAAAUAUUGGAGUUGUAUAGUGUUUGUUGCUGUGAUCAUCUAUGUUAUACUUUUCAAUCAUUUUCUCUAAUUCUUUUCUUGUUGUUUCUUGAAACUUUCGCUACUUUUACAUUUCUCCGAAGUCCUUUUCCUUUUCCUCUGUUCUGAUAGCCUAUCAAGACUCUGAUCAACCAAGAACCAUGGACUUUUUUCAAGAACUGGUUUUGACAGCUUUCUUGGCAUUUGUUUUCUCUUUAGCAAUUAUGAAAUUUGUUUCACUUGCUUUUUCUAACUCCUCUGAUGAUGGAAAAACUGCUAUAUUUAGUGUUGAGGAAGCGAAGUUGGUGAAUGGGUUGAAAGUGGGGAGGACGAAAAGUAAAAAGAGAGUUAAGUUUGCUGGUGACGUUGUAAUUAAAAAGAUUGAUCAAUAUCAGGGUGAAAAAGGGUUUGAAAAUCUUGGAUUGUGUUUGGAUGAGUCUGUGGGGGAAGUCAUUGUUAAAGAAAAGAGUGAGGAUGAAAAAAUUGCAAAAAUGGUUGAUCAAUUUGAAGGCGAGGAGGAAUUGAAUAGAGAUUCUGAAAUUAAAAUUUCUGGGAUGAUGCAAGAUACUGUUGAUGAAGAUAAAAGGUCUAAAUAUAUUGGAAUGUUGAUUGAGAAAACUGAUGAAGGUCAUGAAAUACGUGAGAUUUGCAGUGAAAUUUCCAGAGAGAAGAAAAAUGGAGAAGAACUGAAGAAUCGCGAUGUCGAGACUGAUGAAGGUCAUGAAAUAGGUGAGAUUUGUGGUGAAAAGGAGGAUACUUUAGUGAGUGGUGGUCUGGAUGGUGUAAUUUUCAGGGCGAAGAAAAAUGGAGAAGAACUGGAGAAUCACGAUGUUGAGACUGAUCAGAAAGAAGGGAAUGGGAAUGGGGGUUUGGGAGGAAAUGAUGAAUUGAUGAAAGGGGAUGUGGAAGAUGAGAAUUUUGAUGAUGAAGAUGAUGACUGGGAGGGGAUAGAGAGGAGUGAUCUGGAUAAAGUUUUUGCAGAGGCUGUUAACUAUGUGGAGUAUGGAGGGAAGGGUAAGGGGAAAGACAAUGAUCGGCUGGCGAAAUUGCUAAGCAAUGUGCAGAUGCAGUUGUAUGGGCUUCAUAAGGUUGCAGUAGAAGGGCCAUGUCAUGAGCCUCAACCCAUGGCACUCAAGGUGUCUUCGCGUGCCAAAUGGAAUGCGUGGCAAAGUCUAGGAAGCAUGAAUCAGGAGGCGGCUAUGGAGCAAUAUAUCAAAAUUUUGUCAGAUAUUGUACCUGGAUGGAUGCAAAAUUACAGUGCUGAUGAUGAUAUGCAAGGUUCUGGAACACCUAGUAACUCCAAUUCCCAGUUAAGAGAAGAUGAAAGGAAAGAGGAACUGAACAGUGUCACUGACAAAGGUGACCCUGGCAUGGGUGCAAACUCUACAGAGAAGGAAAAGAAUGGAAAGGAUCAAGUAAGUCCAUGAUUUCAGAAGCAUGCUCUGUGUGAUCAAGAUUGGAUUUCUAUUAAAAUCUUUUACUUGAUAUUUCUGUGGGCGUUUAUGCAUAUGAUAUACAAAAUGAAUUUGUACAUGUCAACUGUCUUAUAAAUAUAUAUUGGCUGAUGUGAUGAUUCAA